UUGGGAUUGUUGAGAUGGGUUGAGGCGGCCAUCUUGCUGAGCGGAGGACGGCGGCCCACUGGAUGUGCGACAAAAGCAAACACAAACCUUCGCCGCCCCUCGCUCCCUUCCUUCCUUUCGUCCGUCCAAAGGACGAUGCGCAGCCAACGUUUAUACUUUGCUCGUUGAACGCCGAAAAAACACGAUGGGCCAACGUCGAGGCGGACGAUUAACCGGAUAAAUCCCGGACGAGGUUGAACGACGACAGCCGUCGCAGCAGCAGCGGCAGCAGCAGCUUCCCCCUUCCCCUGCCUGUACAUGGUUUCUAUUUCUGGAUAAAGGAGUGACUAUGAAUGGAGGAUAAAUGUUGCCAAAGGCUGACAGCGGCAGUUUCGUCCUCUUCUCUCUGCUCUUUGUCCUCACGUUGACGGACCCGCCACGGCCAGAGCAGCGCUGCAGCCCCGGUCAGUUUGCCUGCCGCAGCGGCAAGAUGCAGUGCAUCCCCAUGUCCUGGCAGUGCGACGGCUGGACGGCGUGCGAGGACCACAGCGACGAGAUGGACUGCCCCCCCAUAAAGGAAGAGCGAUUCCGUUUCGGCCAAGGUUACGACCAGGUGGACGACGUCAUUGGCGUGGCUCAGCCCGUGCGGUUCAACAAGAAAUGCCCGAGCGGCUGGCACCACUACGAGAAGACGGCCAGCUGCUACAAGGUGUACCUGCGCAGCGAGAACUACUGGCAGGCGGCCGACACGUGCCAGAAGGUGGACGGCUCCCUGGCCACUUUUGUCACCGACGAGGAGCUGCAGUUCAUCCUCAAGAUCCAAGUGGACUUUGACGACCAAGCGUGCGAGCUCAGGGACCAGUGCAAGUUCUGGGUGGGCUACCAGUACGUGAUCACCAACCAGAACCACUCGGCCGAGGGCCACUGGGAGGUGGUUUAUAACGGCCCCGUGCAAGUGUUCCUACCGCCGGACGGGCUCCCCAACCUGGGCGAGGCCAACCAGGACAACGUUUUCUGCGCCCAGCUGCAGCGUUUCCAGCUGCAGAGCAUGAACGAGCGCGGCCUGCACAGCUGGCACGCCGAGAACUGCUACAAGGAGUUCCCCUUCCUCUGCAAACGCAAGCAAACGUGCGUGGACAUCAAGGACAACGUGGUGGGCGAGGGCUACUACUUCACGCCCAAAGGCGACGACCCGUGCCUGAGCUGCACGUGUCACGACGGCGAGCCCGAGAUGUGUGUGGCGGCGCUCUGCGAGCGGCCGCAGGGGUGCCAGCACUUCCGCAAGGACCCCAAAGAGUGCUGCAAGUUCACCUGCCUGGAUCCAGACGGAAGCAGCCUGUUUGACUCCAUGGCCAGCGGCAUGCGUCUGAUCGUCAGUUGCAUCUCGUCCUUCCUCAUCCUGUCGCUGCUGCUCUUCAUGGUGCACCGCCUCCGACAGCGGCGGCGGGAGCGCAUCGAAACGCUCAUCGGAGGCAACCUGCACCACUUCAACCUGGGCAGACGCGUGCCGGGCUUCGACUACGGCCCGGACGCCUUUGGCACGGGCCUGACUCCGCUGCAUCUGUCCGAUGAUGGCGAAGGCGGCGCCUUCCACUUCCAGGAGCCGCCGCCGCCCUACGCCGCGUACAAGUACCCCGACAUCCAUCACCCCGACGACCCCCCGCCCCCCUACGAGGCCUCCAUCAACCCCGAUAGCCUCCUCUAUGUGGACCUCAGACACGGCAGCAUGCCAGUGAUGAGCACGGCGGUGGACGGGCUCCUCCAGCAGGCUCCUGCCGCAGCCAGCCCCGCAACCGUCUCGCAGGCCCGGGAGGACUCGGUGGACAGCAGCACCCUCCUGGUGGGACCCGAUACCCCCACCAUGGACGGGCCGGGCGCCGCCACGCCGCCUGACUGCGCUUCGCCGUCCUCCCUCAGCACAGCUGUCUAAGACGGACGGACGGACGGACGGACGGAUGGAUGGACAGACGGACAGGACUGUUUGUGUACAAAGAACACUAAUUUAAGGAUGCAUUUUUACUGAUCUCCAGAAUGUAAAUAUGCCCCUGGGGUAGUUAAACGCGUUGCCGCUCGCCGCUCGCCGCUGGCCGUCCUGUCUCGACUCUUACGCUGUAUGGAUUGUGCAAGUCGGUACGUUGACGUUCCACUUCCUUUUCAACUGAUGAUUGCUUGACGUGGAUGGAAGCUGAACGCAUCAUCAAAAUGGAAAUAUUCAAUUCCAUACAAAAGUCCCCCCCCCCCCCCUCCUUCUUGCUCACUUUUGGUUCGACAAUCAUCUUCGUCCCUGUCAUGUGUUAUGGCGAUGUGCUUUUUUUCACUUGUUAAAUCAUCAACUUUAGUAGAGAAAAAAAAUGGAGUCAUGAACAAAGUUUGCAAGCUAGCUGCAUUAGUGUACAAUGACGUGACUUUUUUUGGGGGGGGGGGGGAUAAGAAGUCAUUUUGCAAACCACAUUGACUUUAUUCCCAUAAAAUCAACAUUUGUUGCAACUUUAUUCUCUUACAAUGACUACUUCAUGUUAAGUUCUGACGUCUGUGCACUGCAAAUGAAAUAUUUGUAUCAUUUUCUCCACACCAACUUCCUCUCGCUUGCUCGCCCCCCCCCCCCCCCCAUCUUUUUUUUUUGUAGACAAUCAUCUCCCCGUCAUCCGUUUCUGGUGAUGCCAUUUUGUUUUGAGCCAUGACAAUCCCUCAGUGGAGUGCAUGUGUGUUUCUUUUUUUUGGCGAUGCAUGUUUUUGUUCAUUGAGGUCUCUUUUUGUACAAAGCCCCAGCCAGACAUGAUAUGACAAAACCUAAAUUUGCAUUCAAAUCAUGCAGCCAAUAUACCAACCUUGUGAAAGCGGGACAUCUGGCUAAUUAAAGUGUGGAAGUGCACUUUUGUAGCCCAGGCCAAAUGUCAAGGAAUGAUCAUUACCAAUACUUUUAAUUUGUACAUUUUUUUUUUUUAUUUGUGGCUGCACGUAAGUGAUGUUGUAGCCCCCCCCCCCCUCAUUUACUUUGAUGUUUAUUUGUUCUUAGUUUUUUUUUGUUGAAUGUAUUUUGUUUUGAUUCUUUAUUAGCCUUGGAAUGAAGCAAUGCUCUUGUUUGUAUAGGAGGCGUUUGUAUUUUUUCUCAACUAGAUGUACUGUACGUCUAAUUAAAUGCCAAAUAAAUGACGCCGUGCAGAAUGA